AGUAGCUUAUUGAAACCAGCAAGAGAAUCUAACUUGGUAGUACAGUGGUUUAAAGCACCCUGUUAUUAACACAGCUGCCUGCAAUUACUGCAGGUUCAAAUCUUACCAGGCUCAAGGUUGACUCAGCCUUCCAUCCUUUCUAAGGUUCUGAGCACUAAGCAGAAAUGAAGCUGGUCUUGUGGUCGUCCCUCCUCCUGGUCUUUUGGGACUCGUUUCUGGCAGAUGGAGGGAAAACUCCCGGCCCUCCCCGGGUCCUCACCCAAAACGGAGAACUCCAAGGACAGCGGAUCAGGGUGAGAGGAGCUGAGAGGGAUGUGGAGGUUUUCCUCGGAGUUCCCUAUGCAAAAUCCCCUACUGGAUCUUUGCGGUUUUCCCCUCCGCAACUGGCAGAACCCUGGACUGGUCUCAGAGACGCAACCUCUUACCCGCCCAUGUGCCUGCAGGAUCCGCUGGCGGGACAGGCUCUCUCAGAUGCCUUUACUAACACAGGGCAAAGGAUCUCCUUGAGCAUCACGGAGGACUGCUUGUACCUGAACAUCUACAUGCCAGCCCACACUGAUAAGGCAGAGCAAUUACCGGUGAUGGUCUGGAUCCAUGGUGGAGGACUUGUGCUGGGCUCAGCGUCCACAUAUGAUGGGUCUGUUUUGUCUGCUUAUGAAAAUGUAGUGGUGGUGGCGAUCCAAUACCGCUUGGGCAUUCUCGGGUUUUACAGGUAAGCUGAUAUUGUCAUCUUCAUCUUCACCUGGAUGAUAGCACAUCCCUCUCAUCUUUGUUUU